AACAUAUACAGAACUGUCAUAGACCAACACACCUGUUUUGUACCUAAAGAGCAGCAGGUUACUCUUCUGCAUUCUCAAUCAAUCUUGUAUUAAGGGCUUAAACACUGUGUUAAACACUUAAUUGCAAUUUCAAUGCAAUUCAAGCCAGGACAGAUCUUUAAUGUAGUUCACACCAGCUGAAUAAAGGUACAGGUGUUAUUAAUGAUGGCCAGUUUCUACAUGUUCCAUUAAGAUCCUGUGUGGUCAUAUUCUUUUUAUGAGGAAUUUAAUGUAUUUGAUUUCAUCCAGCAUGCCUAACCAUAGUAAAACAUCCUGACCUUAACAGAUCAUAAGAAAAUGGUUUCAAACAUGUCAUUUAACAUUACUUCUCUUGAUAGCCAAAUAGACCCCGAACCACACUCACUCACAUGCGCUCAAACAUAAGCUAUGGACUUUACUCACGAACACGAGGCCACUUUAAUGUAAGUGUCAGUUUCCUACGUGGAUCAGUAAACAGUUCAAACCAUUAUCGAGCUGCAGCUACCAGCCGGCAGCCCUCUGAUAAAAAGAGGAGCUGGCCACAUGGAGAAGACGUCCUGAACCAGAUUUACGAUGUGCGGAAUUUAUCUCAAGGCUUGCACUAUAAAUCCUGUAUUACUAGCUGGCGAGAGGAUAUUCUGUCCAGAUGAGAGAGUGGACUGAGUUGGAGAUGAGCUUUUCGGCCGGGGGGUUUCUCUCUGCCUCGGAUGGUUACUGCUCAGCAGAGCAGCUCCAGUAUUACGACAUGCUGGCUGACCCUCUGGGCUACCCCCUACAUGACCCUGACCUUCAGCUGCUCCCUUGCAGCCAACAACAAUACAGCCCUGCCAACCUGCCCUUCUCCCUCUAUGGCUCUCCGCCCUCCGCCACCUCCUCUCCAUCCUCCUCCUCUUCCUCUUCGCAGCCCUGCCAUCCUUCGUAUCACUACAGCCCUCAUUACCUGGAGGCCCCCUGUGAUCCCAGCCUUGAGCCCCACUGCGGGGUCCUGGCUCAGGGGCUCGGAGUGGUAGGAUUGCCUCUGGGGCGGAGGACACGGGUGGUGUCGGGAGGAAAGAGCAGAGGUCAGGAAGAGCUGUGUGUGGUGUGUGGAGACAAAGCGUCAGGGUAUCACUACAACGCUCUUACCUGCGAGGGAUGCAAAGGUUUCUUUCGGCGUAGUGUGACUAAAAAGGCUGUGUAUCACUGUAAGAGUGGCGGUGGCUGUGAGAUGGACAUGUACAUGAGGAGGAAGUGCCAAGACUGUCGGCUGAGGAAGUGCCGUGCUGUGGGAAUGCUGGCUGAGUGCCUUCUGACAGAGGUGCAGUGCCAGUCAAAACGACUGAGGAAAGGCGGUAAAGUCAGAGGUGUUAAGGAAGAGGAGAACACAGACAGCAGGAGGGUCAGCUCUACCAGUCGGCUACCCGGGCAGGCUUUGUCUGCCAGUUUAACCCGAGAACAGAAGUACAUUAUGGACAGAAUGGUGGAGGCCCAUCAACUAUACAAAACACAGGACAGCAACCACUGCAGGUUGCUCGAGUGGCCGUGUACAGAGGAAGAGGAGGGCUUGUCUUAUUCUGCAUCACCCCAACUGCAACGACUGCUACAGUUUGCCAGGACAGUGCCAGGUUUUGACCUCCUGGAUUUUUCUGACCAGAGCUCUCUUUUGAGCGUCUCUUCGCUGGAGGUCAUGUUCCUUCUCUCAGCACAGCAGUUCUCCCACAACCCAACAAGCCCAAGUCCAGCCCUGCAGAUUUUCAGUAUGUCAUCACACAACUGGUUGAGAAAUGUAGAGUCAAAGGAAAACAUCCACAGUAGGUCGCUUGUCAAUUCAGGAGGCAGUGAGGAUCUCCUCGGGCCGGUGCUCAACUUCUUCCAUAGCAUGGCAACGCUGCGAGUGACAGAGGCAGAAUACACCCUGCUCACUGCAACAGCUCUGCUCUGCUCAGACCGUGCAUCCCUGCAGGCAGCCAGCUGCGUUGAGAAAAUGCAGGAACUGAUCCUGGACCUGCUGUCUAGGGUUUGUGGGGCCCAGGCUGGAGCUGCACGAGGGGGACCCCAGCGGUUCGGCCGCCUGCUGGGGAGACUGACAGAGCUACGGACCCUUCGUCACAACUACCUCCUCCUGACAGGACGGCAGCCUGGACACUGACCGAGUACAGGACAAACCAAAAAUCAUGUCUGGGGAGUUUCAUGUUUGAAUUUAAGGACUAGUCCUGUAUGAGCUGAGAAGUGUUUUCACCUGAUAUUGAUCAGACUGUUGGAUUAUCUGGUCUCUCACACCAUAUUAACUUCAGUUCAUUCGGUUCUGCGGUCAUUAUUUUGGUGUCAUUAUUGACUUUUAGCUCAUAAUGAGGCUGAAAUGUGUUUGUGGGUCGCUGUAGUUUGUUUGAACAAAAUAUAUUUUUUGGGCCUUUUUUUUUAUAACUGUUGUAUACAGCUAACAUGUACAAUAAACAGUACUUUUCACUAUGCUGAAUAUUGUUAAAAUAAAAAUAAAACACAGA